AUGGUGAAUGAGGUUUCUGCAUCGUUAUCGCCCGACCGGUCGGAGCCCAAUCCGACAAUCCACGCCGUGCCCUUUGAGAAUACUAUCGCCGUUGACGCCCCUCUUGCAAUCCGGUCGGAUUCGUUGCCCGCCCCAGUCGACGCGCUAAUAACAGCAAACGGCCGAUCUGCGAGCACCAGUGCUGCAUCAACUGGUCCGAGUGAUGAUCGGGGAUCCUUGCGCAUGUUCUCACGGCUCGUGCCGUCUCUGUCGGUUGGAGAUGAGACCCGCACGGUUCGGUCGGAGGGCGCACCCUCGUUGCGCAGCGUCCCCAGCAUCGUUGUGAACGAACCAGGUUCUCGUCCUAGUUCACGGCCGGGCUCGAGGCCAGGGUCUCGGUGGUCAGAACGGAAGUGGGGUGGUUUGAGGAAACGGUCCAUGGAGAUGGAGAGGAAACUUGGCUCGGAAGAGACCCCGCCUGUGCCCCAAAUCGAGCACUCGUUUGCUGGUAUUCCUUUGGACAUACCAACCGCGUCUUUGGAUGAUCUGGAUAAGCCGAUGAAAUUCUCGCAUCGUGGAAGUUUGAUCAAGAGUGAUGCGAAGCGUCCACGCCCCAAAACACCCCAAGAGAAACUGGAAGAGGCUCCGGAGCAACAAACCGAAUCAUCCCAACGAAAGUCCGAAGAGGAAUACCCUCAAGAGCUAGCUCAGCCACCCCAAGAAAAACCGGCAGAGUGUCCCGAUCAACAAUUGAGCCACAAGCCGUCUGAAGUGACGCUGUCCACUUCCAUCGCGACGAGCCAGCCUGAAGGAGAGAGUGGAGCACCAAAGGUGGUUCCCCGGCAGGUCAAGCCCUCGGGUACUCUUCGCCCGAGGCAGACAAAUCUUUGUAUCAGAGCAAUCUCAGCGGAUGAAGAGAUGUUGUCCCGACGUGUGCGACUAAUGUAUGAAAAAGGCGAAGACAAUGUAACCGACUCUGAAGUUGCGAGGGCACUGGCCUCUGAACACGGAGUUCUGUGGGAAGAGGGUGCAGAUACUGAAACCUCUGAAACACCUGCUGACCCGACAAAUGAGUCUGGAGCUGAUGCCGUGCCAAGAGGAUCCGCCGAAGUAGAGCGUACUCGAAUCAAGAGAGACACCCAGGAGUUAGCAGGUGGUGUCGAGUAUUGGCAGAAUGUCGACGCAGAAGAAGUCGACCGGUAUGGCUUCAUUCGGGCCGCAACUAACUCGAAGGGCUCCGAAAUGAACCCGCUGCAAAGGGUCACAACUAGCCUUCUGCUUGCUUCCGAAACACCCCGGCGGAAACGUUCAAUUCGCCCACCGACUGCUCCAGCAAGCAAUCGUUCCUUCAACGGUCCGCCGCCGUCUUUAGGUCGCAAAAUAUCUCAAACCUCCCUGAGCGGCCGCCCGUCCUCAUCCCAGAGCAACUACAGUGCGCCAUUGCGGCGCUCGACGUCUCGCUUGCGUACAGCGACCAAUCGUCUUCCACACAACCGAGACCGAAAAGCCAAAGAUGAGGCGGCUGACAUGCUCACUCUGCCCAACUCGGCCGUUCCUGGCGAGAAAGACGAUACACCGAUUACUCGCGCAAUGCGAAGAAAAGAGUGGGAGCGUGAAGACAAGUGGACGAAGAUGGCCAAGCCGACCAAGAAGACCAAGGAUGGUGGUGGCAUGACCUUUGAGUUUGAUACUCGGAGCUCAAAGUUGAUAGAGCGGACUUGGAAAGGCAUCCCCGAUCGGUGGCGGUCAACGGCGUGGUACUCGUUCCUUGAAGCCAGUGCUAGACGUCACGAGGGCAGUGCGCCUGCGGACGAGCUCAUCGAAGCCUUCCAUGAGCUCCAAUUCAUCUCAUCCCCAGACGAUGUCCAAAUCGACAUCGAUGUACCGCGCACCAUUUCUAGUCAUAUCAUGUUCCGGAGGCGUUAUCGAGGCGGUCAACGACUAUUGUUCCGUGUGCUUCAUGCAAUGUCGUUAUAUUUCCCUGACACUGGCUACGUUCAGGGAAUGGCGACUCUCGCAGCUACACUACUGGCGUAUUACGACGAAGAGCAUGCGUUUAUCAUGCUUGUCAGAUUGUGGCAGCUGCGAGGCCUGGAAGCGUUAUACAAGUCUGGCUUUGCUGGUUUAAUGGAGGCUUUGGCUGACUUUGAACGAGAGUGGCUGGCGGGAGGUGAAGUAGCCACGAAACUGGCCGAAGUUGGAAUCCCACCUACGGCAUAUGGCACCCGCUGGUACCUUACUCUAUUUAAUUAUACGAUCCCCUUCCCGGCUCAGCUUCGGGUGUGGGAUGUCUUCAUGCUUCUUGGGGACGCCGAAGACACCGGCCGACGCCCGACCUCUUCAGGGAAGAGCAAAGAGGUUCCUGAAGAGAACCCCAGAACGUUCGGUCAAGGCCUCGAUGUGUUGCAUGCUGCCUCUGCUGCCCUUAUUGAUGGCAUGCGCGAGAUCAUUCUCGAGUCUGACUUUGAGAACAUCAUGAAAGUCCUCACUAGUUGGGUUCCCAUCAAAGACACCGAACUGUUCAUGCGUGUUGCCAAGGCGGAAUGGAAAGUCCACCGUCGCAGGAAGACACAUUAG